UAUUAAAGUUGCGUUCAAUUGUAUACGAUUUGUCGAUCGGUCAGACAUCGACUCUGAAAUUACGCUGGCGUCGGUCCUAAUUUUAUUCACCUUGUCAGUAAACUAAAUCACGAUCAAUCCAGUGAUGUUAGCGAUAAAGGAAAACUCCUGCAUUUUCAUGCUCUUGGUGAUAUUUGCUAGUUUCAACGGAAAAGGUAGGUUAGAUUGAUCAAAACAAAUACUCUAGUGAAUGUACUUGGACUGCAGUAGUGGUCAAAGAGUCUUACAACUUUAAUAUGCACUGUGAGUUUCACGACUGUUCAGUUGUUUUACUUUACUACAGGGCCAAAUUUUUAAACGGACAGCACAAAGUUUGAGGGAGGGUCAGUAAAGUUUUUAAGGAUUUGAGGUUCCUCAAGAGAGAGCCUAUUCGCAUUUAAAACAAUCUGUUUCAUAUAACUUGUCUGGAAUUUUCUCGAAAGCUUAUUCGCGUCAUAAAUGCUAUAGAAACUUGAAACAAGUAAAGAAAACGCAAAAAAACUGAACCCCGCAUAGACAUGUCAAUUUUUUCUACCUCAAAAACGAACGAAGACUUAAAUCAGAAACUUAAGUCACUCGCAUUACAAUUAUGUAUCAUAAAUUUUAGCAGCUGCGUAGAUCUUUGACUCGAGUAAAUCGAGAUAUUUAAAGCUGAUCCAAAAAUACAAAACAUAGUGCGACAUUUUUAUUGUUAUUGGAUCAUGAGGUUUGUAUAAGUGUAUCAAAUAACUCGAAAUUGCGGUAAUCUUAUUGACAGUUUUUCGUAACCAUAACAGAAUCAACUAUGGUCAGUCAACUCUAUAAUUUGGUCUAGUAUGCAUAUAUGUUGAGAUUAACGAUUUCAAAAAGUCUAAAAAUUCCUACAAAUUGGGUCCCAAGCCAAUUAAAGUUGCUCUGAUACAUUGGCUGCAAAUUUUUCAUCUUUGUGAAAAGUUUUUUUUUUACAUACAAAACUAUUUCAUAAAAAAAGAUCAUAGUUGUACUAGACAAAUAUAUGUUGUGGUUCUAUUUUAUCCUUGGUUUAAAUUUUAUUUCCCAUUGUUUCAAACUCACACAAGCAUUACCAUACUCCAAAACAAGGAAGAUAAAACUUAAAUCAAGGAUAAAGUUGAACCACAACAUGUAUGACUGGGAAUUCCAUUGCCUUGUUGUCGUAGAAUCAGCUAAAAAGCGUCGAUCCUUGUAACGUCCCUUGAGAGCGACAAAAAUUUUCAAAAUCACUAGCUUAACCUUGUUUAAGACCUCUUCUUUAUUAACUAACAACCACACUCUUUAAAGUAGUUCGCUAUGACUAGGUUUCGUUAUAUGUAUUGUACUAUUAGUUGGGUUAAAAAAUAGUUCGUCAUAUCCAGGACGUUUUUUUAUGGAGGUUCUAAAUUUGGUUGAGAAAAUGACUUCAUGUAACAGGCAAAAUUUAGAAGGAUUUCUUAAUGGAGUCAUUUGAGGGCGACUGCUAACGUCUCGCUAAUAUCUCGCUUCGAUAGGCAAUACUCAGGCACGAAUGGCCGAUUUCCUAGACGAGCUCCGGAAGUGCAACCUUCUAGGAGGGGUACUGGAGCAUGCUCCCCCGGGAAUCUUUUUUUAGAUUUCAAUUCCCCAAAGUCCCCUUUCCUGAGUUUCUGAGUCAUUCAGACAAGAUAUUUAUUGACUGUCCAAACUAUUUUCCAGAUUUCAACUUGGAAAGUUUUGAUUUUUACUAAAAAUAUAUAUAUGAAAAAUCUGACCGAUUUCCGUAAAACGGUGGAAAACGGUAUGGAUUCGCGCCUGAUCCUCCUAUCUAAAACAGGACACCAAAAAAUUUCCUUUCAACUUUAAAGAAUUAGAAUUCAAAAAUUUUUAUCAUGGAUACUUCUAAUCAAUGCUUCUUGGGAUGUGCCAAAGAAGCCUCAUUUUUAGUUAACCCAUCCAAUGGCUCAUUUCUUUUACCAAAAACCUCCUCAUAAUCCCCUUGAACCUACUAUUAAACCAAAAAGUAGUCUACGGUGUUUGUUGAAUUAUCACGGUAUGUGAGAAAUUCUUGUAUUAAUUUGCGCUCUGGUGCGCUUUUUAUCCAACUCUAAAAUUGUAUUUUAUUUCUACUAGUUUGUGCUGAAGAUACGUGUAAAGACUCUUUAAUAUGUGGGGACCGAACUAUCGAAAUACGUAUGUAUUCUUUGUAUUAUUAGGGAGAUUAAGAUUCACGUUUACCGCAAACGGCAAACGUCAGAGUCAAGUUGAGAAUUUCUCAGAAUAGAAAAUAAGAAGAUAAAAACAGUCCCGAACGAUUCCAGUGGUUAAAACUGGCAUAAAACUACUUGUUUUUGUGUAGAAGCAAUAAAGAUUAAACGGAAAAUAAGGGAAAGACUUGGUCACGUGGUACAAAUUCACGUCUGCCGUUUGGCGUAAACGCGAAUCUUAAUAUCUCUAUUGUGUUUUAUUUAACCGCGCCGCAAGUGAGUUUACUUGGUUCUUUGUUCACGAAUUUGUGAGAUCAUUGCAGAAAACUUUUUUGUGGUGAAUCAAACAAUUUUGGGACAAUCAAAUCAUUAGUGUUAAAUAGAGAGAUAAAAUAAGGCUUUAUGGUCGCGCUUAUGGAAGGUCCGCCACGCCGAUCGCUGAUGAGCGGUGUUACUCCCUCUACGCCACAUGUUUUGUGGUCAUGUUCUUAUUAUAAUUAAAUUUAAAGCCCAGCGACAUUAACCAGUGAUCAAAUCAGUAAUUGUGUGAUUUAGUACCAGUUUUUGACCUUGCUUAUUGAGUACUUUAUACAGCUUUGCCAAGGGUUUGUUACAUACUGGCACUAUUUUGAUUGUUAUCGUCGUUAUCAUGAUGCACGGAUAUGCAGAAAACUACACAGAUUGAGAGAAAAUGCUGAUGAGUGAACGAUUACCGCAGUGAAGAAGAAAGAACACACAGAUGUAGCGUGAAAGUUUUUGUUGAGUCAUAGCGUCUCUAGGUAUUCUUUAUUUUCAGCCACUUCGUAGACUCACUGCCAAUAAGAUGUUACUAAAACGGGGAACGGGGAGCAGAGAACGAGAAAGGGAAACGGGACAUGAAAAAUGGCAACAAAGCAGAGAAUUGGAAAUGAAUUUACUGACAGCUAGUCAGGUUUUGUUCCCAUCUUUCAUUUUCCCAUUUCCUAGGCUUGUUCCCCGCUUCCGGUUCCCCAGUUUUGCAACAUCCUCUAAAGUUAACUUCUUAACUGGCAGUUAAACUUUAAGCUAAUAAAAAAACAAUAGAAGGAGUAGAAGAUAAUAGUAAAGACAUUGCCUUUUUUUUUUCAGUUUUCAUUACCGCGCUCAUCGCAGUUUGUGUUAUGUUCCUUAUCCAAAGCAUUGUUAUCGCUUGUUUGAGUUAUAGACUCAAAAAAUUCCAAGAAAGGUAAGACUUGGAUGGUGAAGAUGGUUAAGAAGCCCUUUAAUUUGUUUUGUGUGUUUGUUAGCUUUUUGAGACUUGGCCUCGCCUGCGUAGCAGGCGCUUGCAAGUAAUGUGGGCACAAGGAAGAACAGCGCGCACGAUGGGACAAGCGAGGGGGGAGGGAGUAUCUCGCGCGCCGUUCUCUCUCGCACCCAUAGGAAGGAUGGCCUUGACCGUACACAGAUCGGAGUGUAAUAGCAUUCCCAUAAUUUAACCUUCUGAUCAACAGAAACGUCUCCUGCAUUUAUUUAUUCGCAACUGGGACUCAUCGGAUAGCGCCAUGGUCUGGGAGAGCCCCACCAACUUCGGAUAGUCGGUGGAAUCACCAUCGUAAAAGAAUCUGGGUAGGGUAGAAUUAGGGCUGAGAAUUCGGGACACUAUUAAUAUAAUUCUUUGAUACGUUUGAAAGCAAUUAAAUAACCACUGACACUCGAGGAAACACUUUUUACUGGCUGACAGUCAGAACAAGUCACCGUAGGAUCAAUUUGUAAAAACUUGGCGUCAUCUAUAAUGGUGAUAAUGGCAUCCGUUGUAGCAUUCUCUUCCCACCAAGUUCUCACAUUGCGUGACUUUUUGAUACGAGAAAAUUAAAAAUGUUUCUGAAAAGAAAUGUAUCAAAUGAAAUGUCAGUCUACAUAACAGGCGUUUUAUUUAUUUAUUUAUUUAUUUAUAAAUUUUUUGCAGGCCAAUAGAAUGUAUAUGGUCUUAAAAUGUGAAAUUGCUUUUAUUUUCAGGGUAGAAUCAAUGAAUUCAUCCAUUGGAUCGUACAAAAACCAUGCGUUUAAUCCAUACUUCUCCACGAGUGAGUCAGGGAUCAGUGAGAUAGAAGACAUAACAUAUAUGCCGGUAAUCAAAACUUUAGUCGAAAAGAAUUUUAAAACGCACAGCAAAUUCUAUGUGAAUUUCUUGACUUUUUCUCUCGCCAGGAGCCUUUAUGAUAUAUUUCUAUGCCAGUCUGUUGUUUCUGUUUUUCAAAAUACCAAAAAAAGUUUCUCAUAAUUCGGAAAAAAUUGUAAUUACUUGAAAAUAAAGAACUGGGAAGACUUUAAUAUUAGGUAUUGGUGUCAUUUUAUGCCAGACAGUCUGAAAGCCGGAACUGUAGGCUAUUUUUUGUUUUCAUUUUAAUCAAUUUUUUAUUUCUUAUCUUCUGAAACGACCUAACAAGAAUGCGAGACCGUAGUGUAUUUCAUGGCCUGCAUGCACGACUACAAACCCUUAGAACUGAUCAGAGGAAACAUGCACUGUUAUUACCCCAGUGUUCGCUGCACUCAUCCGCGUGUAACUUGGAAAUUAUUUUAAUCACUCCCCACCCUAACAUUUUAAUGAUAAAACGUAGGAGAUUAGAUGACCGGCAGCAGGACUAGUUUAGUCGGUAAAGCCCUUGACUUCAGGGCGCGAGGUGUUGGAAUCGAUCCACGGGACGAGGGUCCUCGAUAGGUUUUUCGGAAUACCGGAUUUUAAAGCGAAAACGGGGCGAGAUUCGGGAUUGAAAGUAUGGGUACGAGUUAGAAUGCCCAAAAUAACCCUCGGGAUGACGAGAUUUCGAGAAGUUUUGGUUCGUGAUUAUGGGAUUGAAAAACCCUAUUGGGGACCAAUACUAAGGGAGACUCGGUACUGCCAGCACCCCGCAAAUGGCUAGAUCUUUACUUACCUUGGAUGGCCACCAAAAAUUGGCGGCCCCGUCUCCAGGAGUGUCCUCAAUAAGUACCUUCGUGCUAAAUGCAUUGACAUUGAGAUGCGUUUUUAUGGCGUAGAGGGGAGAAAAACUGUGUCCUUGAUAAGCACUUUCGUGCUAAAUACAUUGAUAAUUGAAUAAAGUACUUUCGGAAGUAUUUUGCAGCAACUAUAUAUGAACUGUUAACUAGCCUGCGUAGCAGGCGCUAGGAAUUAAUGGGCACAAGAAAGAACGGGCGCACGCGAGGUGUCUCCCUUGCGCGUCCAGUUCUUUCUGGCACCCAUUUAAUACUUCCAAGCGCCUGCUACGCAGGCUAACUGUUAGCACACCAAAUUCAUGAGCAUGAGCUAUUUCAGCUCAAGUGCUAACUACAGUAACUAAACACAUCCACCAAGAUACUGAAUCUCUGUGUUUCUUCUGUGCCAGCAAACUCGUACGCGUCGUUUUACUGCAAGUUUUCCCACUGAUAAUAACAACGCCAACCAAGUUCCAAAGGAGAGUACAAACCCAGCUGAAUUUACCAUUGUUGAUGCAAAUGACAGGCAAAAGCAGAUCUGGUGAGUGAAACGGAUAUACCAUGAAUAUUACACCCCAGGAACAGAAAAAGUUUCCAUUGAGCUUACGGGGGGUAACCACCUGGUGCUCGAUUAUCUUUAGCUCCUCAGGUAAUUGAACGGUAGCCUGGGAACGGCCUCACUUGUACGAGUUCGGGGAAAAUUUUGUGGGUGGGGCCGCGCGCCAUUCUUGUCGCGCGCUGACGGCUCCGCCCUCAAGGUUUUUCCCGACCUCGCAAAAGUGAGCAUUCUUGCAGGCUACCGUUCAAUCACUCAGGUUUGGAAUGCAAAACGCAAGCUUCACUUAAAAGCCAAAGUAAACAUAUUGAGUUGAAUAUAAUUAUCAAGUUGCGACUUAACUUUUCAGACUAGUUCGUUUUAGUGAAUUCGGCAAUAAACACCGUGGCAGAGGGCAUGUUUUAAAUGUGCUGGCACGAUUUACUUCCUAAGUUCCCCCCCCUCCCCCCAUCCCCCUCCUCUAAGAUGCCUAACAUGUGAGCGAUUUUCAAAUGAACAGUUUUUAACUCAAUGUGAACUAAAUGGUUGACAAAAAAAUUCUAUGUAUGUGCUUACUUCUUUUUUUUUUUAUUCACGGUAGAUUUGAUUUUUUUUUUUUUGGUUGAAUUGGAAACCGACGCAAAAAUCUCACACUCCUAUAUAUUGAUAAUUGUAACUUACACUCAGAACGAUUAUUACUGACACCAGAAUUAUCACCUUAUCUUACAGGGGCUUGUAUUGAUCUCAAAAAACUGAUGUCCAGGAUGUGCCAGCGAAUACCCUAAUUUGUUACUCUUUCGUCUGAAAGAAUUACAGCUGAAAGCUGUAUAACUUCCCAAGCAUCGUUUUAUUUGUUGUGGUUGCUUAAACUGUAGAGACUUGUAUCACAUUGUGUUCCUAAGGAGAGUUCUAACCAUGCAUUUACGCAUUACUGUCAGUUAAAUUUGACUUUUGGGGAGUAAAAUCCGUUAUAAAGUAUAUACAAACCAGUUGGAUGAAGAGACAAAAAAGAGUAGAAAUACAGCACCUUCUUAAACGACAGCCUAUAUAUUUUCGGAAGCUUCUGACUUGAAACAUUCGAUUCUCUAACCAGAACUUUCGGUUCUCCAAUGUAAGGGUACUGUACCCUCAUAUUGCGAAAACUGUGUUUGAUUAGGUAUUGUACUGUGGUAUGGUUACUGUUUAGAGACAAGAGAGGAUAAAGCGUAUAAGUGACUAAGUAUUUUAAUCUUUUUUAUUACGUCAUUCAUCAGCGAUCACAAUAUCCGUCCAGAGGGGCGCGAGUCGAUUGUCGAAGUUGCGGUUUAGUACCUUUUAGUUGUUGAAAAUUAUGGGUUGGUACCAUUUAGACUACAUACAUUUAAGAGACCCCAUUAAGAGCUAUCACGGGGCCUUUAAGAAUGUCAACUCAAAUGAAUUUUUGGUACCUCUCAGGGAUAAUACCCAAGAAAUGAGAUUCCUUCCGUAAAUUUUAAAUGCAAGCUUUGACUAUGAAUUUUUGUUUCUACCUAUAGUCCGAUAAGCCUUUUUACAGAUGCGCCCUUAGUGCGUUGGCCUUUAAAUCUUGUUUUGUUACAAACCUUCCUUUUCAUGCAUGUGCAAAUCAUGUUAUUCUCAUGUCAACAAGUCUGUGGUCUAAUCAUUUACAUAUCAAACCAGGAAGGUUUUACCAAGAGGUUGUGAAGGCUGUUCUAGUUGCACAACUUUAAAAUGGCUUA